AUGGCUCGCGAAGCCACCACCCUCCGCAAGCUACUCAGUCAACGCAAACCAGACAUUCCAUGCUUGACUACCGCUACGAAGAAUACCACAAAAUGUAGCUGGCCGGACCUCCAUAAAAAGAAUAUCACCAUCUGGAAAGAGUUCAACCUGGACACGCUCAAUGCCAGUUAUAGCCAUGUCCUUGACCUCCCCGUUUCGGAUCCCCUAUCCGGUGUUCCCUCAAUCAACCAGACAUUCGAAGGCCUUACAGUCAACUCAGACCUUGAUGUCAACAACUUGAUUGGCUGGAAUGCCAUGAUGAUGAAGGCAACAUUUGACUUCGCCCGCUCUCGCAUUGGCCUGAAGCAGGGUUCCCCCUCAUCUCAUGCCUAUUCAACCCCGAAUAAGUCAACACUUGCCAAGAUACCCGGCUACUCGCCAAGACUUCAAGUUGACCACGUCAUCUCACUUUCAUGCAACUUGCCUCAGAACCUUGUCGUUGGCUUAGGUAGAACAAGCAAAAAAUGGAGAGGUGUCGACCUCACGUGUGCGCUAGAUCAAGGCCGAAAGCCUACUAGGGAGCAAACCUGGCCGUUGAGACAGCUAUUGGCGAUUUGCGAUAUUGCCAAUACACGAUAUGGCUAUAUACAAACUGACAAGGAGUUUGUGGUUUGCCGGUUCAAUAAGAAUGCAGCUGAAGAGUGGAAGGUGGCCAUUGCGUCAAUCCCAGUUGGCAAUUUCGGGGAGGGUGUUCUGACGGCUGAUCUGGCCCUGUGGUGGCUGUGCAUGCUUGCAGCAUCGUCAAAGCGCAACUCGGAGAUUGUGGCAGAGGAGGAAAUGGUUGAGAUUGAUCAGUGGGCAUGGGAUGAAUUCCAGGGAUCCAUGGUCCAUAAAUACUCGAACUACUCGGCGCCCGAGCUCUUCCAGAUGCCACCGUUCGAGGCUCAGGGCAACCCAGCCAAUCCGGUCUUUGGUGUCAACCCCGCCGAUUUGGCCUUUGGUGCCAACCCCCCGAGACCCGAGCAUCAAGGAAUGGCAAACCCAAUCGAUCAUGACGUGGUCCAGUAUCUCACCAACCCCGACAACGAUCAGACUUAG